GGGAACAAAGCGUUAGGCGACCUCCCGCAACAGGUUUUGGGUCUGCCUGCCUCCCUCCCUCCUUCCCUCCCUCCCAGCGCGCCCCGGGCUGCCGGGGUCCCGCGGCGUCUCUCGCUCCGGGCGGCGGGGCCGGCACCGGCCGCCCCCAUGCGGUUCGGCUCCAAGAUGAUGCCGAUGUUUCUGACAGUGUACCUCAGUAACAAUGAGCAGCAUUUCACUGAGGUGCCAGUCACCCCUGAAACAACCUGCAGAGAUGUGGUGGAGCUGUGCAAGGAGCCUGGCGAGAGCGAGUGCCACCUGGCUGAGGUGUGCUGUGGUUCAGAACGUCCCAUAGCCGAUAAUGAACGGAUGCUGGAUAUUUUGCAGCGCUUUAGGAUGCAGAGAGGUGAGGUUCGUUUCUUUCUUCGUCAUGAACGCUCUCCCUGCCGGGAAGCAGGGACUGGACAUAGGUCUCAAGAGCUAGCCUUGAAAAGAAAUGGAGUGAAAGUGCCUGGUGAUCGAAGAAUAGAGAAUGGAGUCAGUGCUCCAAGGAUGGAUAUGACACUGGCUGAACUUCAGGAAAUGGCAUCACGGCAGCAGCAACAAAUUGAGGCUCAACAGCAAAUGCUGGCUAACAAAGAACAACGUCUGAAGUUCCUGAAACAGCAGGAUCAGCGACAGCAACAGCAAGCUGCUGAACAGGAAAAACUGAAGCGAUUAAAGGAAAUUGCUGAGAAUCAGGAAGCCAAACUUAAGAAAGUGAGAGCGCUGAAAGGCCAUGUGGAGCAAAAAAGGCUCAGCAAUGGGAAAUUAGUGGAAGAGAUUGAACAGAUGAACAGCCUGUUCCAGCAAAAGCAGCGCGAGCUGGUGCUGGCUGUGUCAAAGGUAGAAGAACUCACCAGGCAACUGGAGAUGCUGAAGAAUGGCCGAAUUGAUGGUUACCAUGACAACCAGUCAGCUGUAGCUGAGCUCGACCGUCUGUACAAGGAGCUGCAGUUGAGGAACAAACUGAACCAGGAGCAGAAUGCCAAGCUGCAGCAACAGAGGGAGUGUUUGAACAAGCGCAACUCGGAGGUGGCAGUCAUGGAUAAGCGUGUUAAUGAGCUGCGAGAGCGCCUGUGGAAGAAAAAGGCAGCUCUGCAACAAAAAGAGAAUGUACCAGUUUCUUCAGAUGGGAAUUUACCCCAGCCAGUGGCUUCUGCUCCAAGUCGGGUGGCAGCAGUAGGACCUUAUAUCCAGUCCUCUACUAUGCCACGUAUUGCUUCUAGACCUGAACUUUUGGUGAAACCAGCAUUUUCAGAUGGGACACAAGCUUUGCAGGUACCUGAUGGUCCACUGAAAACACAAACUCUGCCCAACAUGAGAGCUGGCAGCAGUUCACAAACUAAAACUUCUGCAGGUUCUGUGAUUCCUGGUGCAAAAUCUUCCUCGUCUGCCGCUGACUGGAGUGGUUCAAAUCCAGACAAUCAAAUUAGUCAAGUAUCAGCCUUGACUUCAGGAAAAGGAGUUGUGACUAGUGAAGGACAAGCAACAGCUGAAGGAGAAACUUUUUUACGAGACAAAGAGAAGAAGGUGCGUCCAUUUUCAAUGUUUGAUUCUGUGGACCAGUCUGCUGGGCUUGGCACGCUUAGAAAGAAUCAGAGCAGUGAAGAUCUCCUUCGAGAAGCACAGACAGCUAAUAAAAACAUAACAAAGGUGCCACCACCUGUCCCCACUAAGCCAAAACAGAUAAACUUGCCUUACUUUGGUCAAGCCAGUCAUCUGCAACCUUCUGAUAGUAAGCUGGAUGGAAACCUGCAAAAGCUGCCUUUGGCUGUUUUAACUAUGGGGAACAAACAAAAACCAGUGGCACAGCAGCCUUCCCAUCCUUCUCAGCAGAUACAGCAAAGAAUUUCUGUACCUCAUGCAGGUCCUUCAUCUACCCAGGACCAAAUUCUUCCCUCCUCCAAACAGGAGAGUCCCCCAGCAGCAGCUGUGAGACCUUUUACCCCUCAGCCGUCCAAAGAGACCUCACUCCCACCUUUUCGAAAGCCUCAAACUGUGGCUGCAAGUUCAAUUUAUAGCAUGUAUACACAACAACAGACUCCUGGGAAGAACUUUCAGCAGGCAGUGCAGAGUGUGUUGACAAGGGCACAGACCAGAGGACCGCACUUCCCAAGCGUGUAUGGCAAACCUGUGAUGGCAGGAGCUGGCGUACAGAAUCAGCUGCCACAGACAGAGAAUGUCUACUCAAAUCUCCAAGGAAAGCCAGGCAGUCCAGAGCCUGAGAUGGAAACAGCAGCCUCUGCUCAUGAGAACCAUGAAACAGAGCGAAUACCCCGUCCCCUUAGCCCAACGAAAUUGCUGCCUUUCUUAUCUAAUCCAUACCGCAACCAGAGUGAUGCCGAUCUGGAAGCACUACGCAAAAAACUGUCCAAUGCACCCAGACCACUGAAGAAACGUAGCUCCAUUACAGAGCCAGAAGGACCUAAUGGCCCCAAUAUUCAGAAGCUGUUGUAUCAGAGAACCACUCUAGCUGCAAUGGAGACUAUCUCGGCUCCAUCUCAUCCCUCCAAACAGACAACAUCAGCUGCCAGUCCUGAAAGCCCAGCAGAAAUCCCAAAUCCUUAUCUAAAUGCAGAAUCUGAAAAAGAAACAGCUGCUUCUAUACCGGAACUGGCCAUUGCUGAGGAAGCAGAAAACACACCAGCAGAUCAGAGCGAAGCUGUUCUUCCCUCUGUAGCUCUGGACACUGUACCUGAGGGAGUAUUGGAUGGUGAUGAAUUCACACAGCCGAAAAUGGAAGAACCAAGUGUAGAAGCUUCACUGCCACUGGAAGCAUACAUGGAAGAAUAUCCUCCAUACCCACCACCUCCGUAUCCAUCGGGGGAACCAGAGAGUUUGGGGGAGGACUCAUUUAAUAUGAGGCCUCCUGAAGUUACUGGACAGUUUUCCUUGCCUCCUGGGAAGAGGACAAACUUGCGUAAAACUGGAUCUGAGAGAAUUGGGCAUGGAAUGAGAGUGAAAUUCAACCCCCUUGCAUUGCUUCUGGAUUCAUCUUUGGAGGGAGAGUUUGACCUCGUGCAGAGAAUAAUUUAUGAGGUUGAAGAUCCUAGCAUGCCCAACGAUGAAGGGAUCACUGCACUGCACAACGCUGUGUGCGCUGGGCACACAGAAAUUGUGAAGUUCUUGGUACAAUUUGGUGUGAAUGUGAAUGCUGCAGAUAGUGAUGGAUGGACCCCAUUACACUGUGCGGCAUCUUGCAAUAACGUGCAGGUGUGCAAGUUCCUGGUGGAGUCUGGCGCAGCUGUAUUUGCGAUGACCUACAGUGACAUGCAGACGGCUGCUGACAAGUGUGAGGAAAUGGAGGAAGGCUACACACAGUGCUCUCAGUUCUUAUAUGGAGUCCAGGAGAAAAUGGGGAUAAUGAACAAAGGAGUGAUAUAUGGACUCUGGGAUUAUGAGGCUCAGAAUGAUGAUGAGCUCUCAAUGAAAGAGGGAGACUGCAUGACAAUCCUGCGCCGGGAAGAUGAAGAUGAAAUUGAGUGGUGGUGGGCACGGCUGAAUGACAAGGAAGGCUAUGUUCCCCGCAACCUGCUAGGGCUGUAUCCAAGGAUUAAACCUAGACAAAGAAGCUUGGCGUGAAAUAAUACAGAAGCUAGAUUCUUGAAGUACUAAUAAUGGAUGACUUACGGAAAAAACAAUCUUUUUGUGUUGGUUCCAAUAUCACGAGACUUAUUUCAAUGACAAUGUAAUUUGAAAGCUAUGAAGAAUGUGCUUUGAAAACAAAUGAAGGAUUGAUGCAUUAGCAAAUGGAUGAGGGCAUUCUGCAAGAUGAAAUAAUGCUUAAAGCAAAUGACAUUCUGCUGCCUUUGGUCUAAACAAGCCAUUAUGUUCAAGAACCCACUGAUUUCUUCAAACAUGGCAAAAAAGAAUUUCACUUCUUUCUGCUUUCUUUCACGUAUAAGGACCUUUUCAAGUUGCCAUUGAAGGAAUCAUCAUGAACCAGACAAUUUGGCUUUGUCCAAGUUUAUCCUGAGUCUUUUUCCAGAUGGGAGAAAUUUAAAAAGUAUGCGCACAGCACCCAAAUGCUAAUUGCUGGAAAUAGAACAUUUGAAGAAGCAGCUAAACCGAAGUGCAUCUGAACACUGACAACCAUGUGACCAAUCCAUUAAGCAAUAACUUCUAAAAAUGCUGUAGCAUCUUAGGAUUCCAUGUAUUCCACAUAUUACGUGCUGUAACUGACAACGUAGUUUUAGAUUCCUCUUUUUACAAAGAGCCUCAUGUAUUUAUUGUAUUUUGUACUUUGAAAACUAAGUGUAGAAACUUUCUGUAAUCCUUGCAACUUACUUGUUUUUACUUGACUGUGAUACCAUUAAACUUUUGUCUCCUCUUAAUCUUUAACUGGGUAUUUUAGUGUCAAGUUUUUAUUAGACCAUCUGAAACUGUUAACAGUAAGACACUACUGCUCUACAUUAUACUAACGUUCAGCUAAUUUUUGUAUUAAAUUGAACCCCUCCUCAGUUUGUUCAAGACAGUCUUCUUGCAUUUAAUAUUAAGCUGAAUCUGUUAGUUGCGUAUAACCUUUGU